UUGUUUUUAAAAGAUAACAUUUAUGGAUUCCAAGAUACAAAUCCCAACACAUGUAACCCCUUUCCUUAUCUCGGAUUAUAGUCCUGGACUUGAGCAUAAAGGCAAAACAACCCAUCUCCUUUUGGAACUUGCUUUCUCUUCUUCUAAGGCCACUAGUUUAUCCUCCACAGCUACACAAAAAAUAUGAAGAAAAUGGAUAUUUUUUGUGCAUCCCAAGCUUCAACAGCCGUAUGUUUAAGCAUGGAUCAAGCAGCUUCCUCCUCUUGUUCCUCCGCAUCCGCCGUCCAACUCGGCGGUCGAGCCAUCGACCGUCACAACCCCAUCAUUCGAGACGCCAAAAGGUUUACCAGAACUCUACCUUCUAACCCUUGUACAUCUCAGCCACCGCCGAUCAAUCCUUUGCCUUACCAUCAGCUUAAGAAGAAUGAAAAAAAGUGUUCAAGCAAGUCAAGCAAUGAUCAUGCAAGAAAGGGUUCUUCUUCUUCUGGUGUGUCAGCUAAGUUGAAUGAUCAUAAGAAGAAGAAGAAGGGUUCGUCUAAGAACAGUACAUCGAAGCCAAGUGAAAUUAAAGAUGCAGAAACUGGUAGGAAAAGCUUUGCCACCAAGGCGGUUGAUUUCGUCACCCCUCCUGGUUCCACUAGGUAUCUAUUGGGUGAUAAUAAUAAUUCUGGGUUUUUCGAUGGAAGACCGGAUUAUGAUCCAGUUUGGGCAUUGGUCCCUGCUGAAACAAGCAAGAUUCAAGCCAUAAAACAAGAUCAAUCCAUUGUUUCAAAACCUUCUUCAUCAUCUCCCCCAGAGAAACCUUCUAAAGACCAGGUAGUGGUUUUAAGAGUGUCAUUACACUGCAAAGGCUGUGAAGGAAAACUGAGGAAACAUUUAUCAAGAAUGGAAGGUGUUACAUCAUUCAACAUCGACUUCGCAGCUAAGAAGGUGACAAUCGUUGGAGAUGUAACGCCAUUAGGGGUAUUGGCUAGUGUUUCAAAGGUAAAGAGUGCACAGUUUUGGACAUCCACCAUGCCUGUUGCUGCUUCGUCUGCAAAUAUGACAAACAAGUAGAGCUUGUCUCUAUUAUGAACUCUGAAUGGGAACAAAACUAAAGAAAAAUAAACUAGAAUUGGCUUGUGGAACUGUGUUGUUUUUUUAGUUAUCUGUAAAUGAUGAAACUUUGUAUUUGAUGAA